GUUGAUACGAUAAUUAAACAUAUCUAAGCCGCGUCGAGAGUCGUUGAUUUGUAAAUUGGAUCACAGAAGUCAGACUUCUAUUGUUAUUCUUAUAAUCCCAUUGAUGAACAUCUCAUCGGACUGUCAAAUUGAAUAGGGAUUCAGUUGGUUUUACUCAACAGACAAACAGACAUAUAGACAUAAUCGAAGGAGACAAAGAACUGAAGCUACACAAUGGCGUCAUCUAUAAGUAUGAGUUCUCAACUGGUAGCUGUGAUUCUGGCUUCUAUUGUGGCCGUUGCUAGUGCAGGCUUUGGUCCGUCUGCCGAUGGUGAAUGGACAGAUGCCGAUCUGGUUUCUUACAGCGUGGUUGGGGGCGUGGCAGGAGCCAUACUCCUUGUAGCAAUAAUGCUUUAUUGUCAAUUACAAAACUUUAUAAAAGUGGGCAAGAUCGAAGAGCAUGCGCAGAGGAAGGCUCGGCACGCGGUGGCUACACAGGAAGCUGAGAUCAAAUCUAAACAAAUCGCUGCCCAGAAGGAUAAAGCCAGGAAGGAUGUCGCUGCACAGAAAGCCAAUCAGAAAACCAAAUAAGAUGGGACUGAAACAAACACUUUCUUACAAUGAUAGCGAGUGAAGACUGGUGCGAGAAGCUGAGAAGUUAAUGACCCGCUUUCAUCAUCAGUGACCUAAUUAUAUCGAUAAUAUUGAAUAAUACAGGGUGAGUCAGAAAAAAUGUCCUACUUUUUAAAAGUUGUAAUUUUUGAAGUAUGAAUAUUUAAUCAAAGGUGCCAUGAUAUGUCUUGAUAGAGUUAUCCUCCCAGUACAUUUAGGUACCAUUUUCAUUUUAAUCUCUGCAUGCAUGAUUG